CUCCGGGCGAGUUUCAGGUGAAUGGGUGGUCACACGCGCACAAGCUCUCGCUCGCGGCUUGGGCUGGGCACUCUGCCAAUGGAGCAGCAGCAGCAGCCGCCUCAGUGUGCCUCCCGUUGCGCGCUUCCGAAAAGAGGCGCUCGCUUGUUCGCGCCAAGCUCGGGCUGGUUUCGAGCAGAGGCAGGGAGAGGCUGGCUCAGCUCUUAACUCCACUCUCGUUCCCCUCCUUCUUCCCAGGUAUAAAGGCUUUCAGUCGAGCAGUCCGGAGCUUCCACCAUGUCAGCCAGACCUUUUGAAAGUCCUCCGCCUUAUCGACCUGACGAAUUCAAACCUUCACACUAUGCACCAAGCAAUAAUACAUAUGGUGGUGAAUUCCAUUCUCCACCAAUGUUCUCUCAGCCAGCAUAUUCCUACUAUCCAGAAGAUGAAGUGCAACACUUCUACAAAUGGACCUCCCCUCCAGGAAUAAUCAAGAUCAUGUCCAUUCUCAUCAUAGUGAUGUGCGUUGGCAUCUUUGCAUGUGUUGCUUCCACAUUGGCUUGGGACCUAGAGAUGUAUGGAGGCACCCUGGGAACUGGUAUGGGAUAUCCUGGCUAUGGAGGAAGUGGUUUUAAUGGCGGCUAUGGUUAUGGCUAUGGUUCCAACUCUGGUGCCUACGGAGGUUAUGGCUAUGGUAGUGGUUAUGGCGGGGCUUAUAUUGAUCAACGGGCAGGAAAAGGCUUCUUACUUGCAAUGGCAGCUAUUUGCUUUAUUGCUGCAUUGGUAAUUUUUGUAACAAGUGUUACCAGGACUGGCAUGUCAAGGACAAGAAGGUAUUACCUACUUCUGAUAAUAGGAAGUUCCAUCUUGCUUUUCUUGGUGUUCAUUGCUACCAUAGUAUACGUACUUGCAGUCAACCCAACUGCACAAGCUUCAGGAUCGGUGUUCUACAAUCAGAUUUAUUUGAUGUGCAGCCAAUUCUAUUCACCUACAAGCACUGGACUCUUUGUGAAUCAGUACUUGUAUCACUACUGUGUGGUAGAACCACAGGAGGCUAUUGCCAUUGUAUUAGGUUUCCUGGUGAUUAUAGCUCUUGCCAUAAUAAUAUUCUUUGCGGUAAAGACCCGAAGUAAAAUGAAUCACUAUGGUAAAAUGAAUAUCCUGUGGGAUAAGACAAAAGAUUAUGAAGAAGCUCCCAAUGUAGAAGAAUGGGUGAAAAAUGUAAAUGCAGAGCCAGCAGCACCCACACCAGUAAUGGACUAUCCAGAUCGAGUUGCCAGUCCUAUGAAUUAUUCUGUUUCGGAUGCUACAACACGCCAGAACUAUAAUAAUAGCUACAGAGCUACUCCGGUGCCUGAAACGGUUCCCUUGACCAGUGAGCCAAAUCAGUAUGCCAACACCAGCAGUUACAACGGAUCAGCAAAGGAACCGUCACAAAAGAAAAGAGCCGGGAGACAAAAAAGAGUCAACACGGACAACUAUGAUGCAGAUUAUACCACUGGAGGGGAAUCUUGUGAUGAACUAGAGGAGGACUGGGACAGGGAAUAUCCACCUGUAUCAUCAGACCAGCAAAGACAAGCAUACAAGCGAGACUUUGAUGCAGGACUACAAGAAUACAAGAGGUUACAAGCAGAGAUCGAUGAGAUCAGCAAAGAACUUGCUCACCUUGAUAAAGAACUGGAUGACUAUGUUGAAGAUAGCGAAGAAUAUAAGGCUGCUGCUGAAGAAUAUAACAGACUGAAGGAUCUAAAAGCAUCAGCAGACUACAAGAACCGAAAAGCACACUGCAAGAUGCUAAAGAGCAAACUGUCACACAUCAAAAGGAUGGUCAGCUAUUAUGACAGUCGGAAGUCAUAACAAGAGAGAAGAAAAUUGGUCUGUUUGAAUACAUUCACUUAAAUAUGGGACAGUUGUGUUGGACCACAGGUAAUACAACAGAUGGUAUUCGUUUUACUUCAUUAUAAUUGUGCCAUGUUUACUAUGACAUGAACUUUGGCACUCGGUUUGGAGCUUCUUAUAGUUUCAUUUAGUCAGUAAAUUUCAUCAUGCCUUGUCUGUGGUGACUCACACUCGGUUUCCUUCAAUAGGGGAAUUGCAAUCUUAUUCUUAAAAGGAGUUGGCGUGUCAUCUUCAGGCACCCAGAUCUAUCUAGUCCCUUUCUAAAGUUUUCUUGAACAUAUUGUAUCUGUUCAAUGCCAUUCAUAGUGUGGGCUGAGUGGUGGUUUUUUUUUAAAUGUUCAUUUUCUUCCUUCCUAUGUUUGUAAAACAUAAACAGCUUUCUGUAACUAGGCAAUUUGUAAAUGUCAAAGGACCGUAAUUUGGGGUAGAAACGCCAUGAUGCAUACGUUUAAAAAAGUUGUUGAAAGGUACCUGCGGUGUUUAGGCCGAUGUGGCAUUUACUUGCAAACGGAGGCAAAUGAGGCUGCCGAAGAAAAAGAGAAGGUGGUGGCCACCGACUACACUUCGGCAGGCCGGGCUUAGCUGUCUGUUUUAGGGUUGCACCUCAGGCCAUGGAGGAGGAGGGGUGGAAGGGGGAGCAAGCUGGGGGAGGAGGAAGGGGUGGCAGCAGCAGCAAACUAGCCGGCCUGGCCUUCCCCACUGAGGAGGAGGUGUGGCGGCAGCACAGUAGGGUCCUCCGAUGAGAGGGCUUGAAGCAACAGAGUUCCUCCCCUGCUUUUUGGGCUGUAUUUAAUUGGUUUAGUUGCGGCAUUUAUGGUGAUGUGGCACUUCUGAUGUGUGUUUGAAAAAUUCUGUCUUUUCCCCUCAGUGCAACGUAUAUGCUAAUGUGGCGUUUCUACCCAAAAUUAUAGUAAUAGGGAUUCUGUUUUUAAGCUGCAUAAAGUACGUAAAUGUAGCGCAUGUUGAUUGUCCAGUAUGAUGGAACACCAAUGACAAUGUGAAACUAAAUGUAAAUAUAUCUACUCUUUAAAAAAUACUUUGUAUAUUUAGAUAAUAUUUUUAUUGUACAAAUGUAGCUUUCAAGUAGCCGACUUUUAUGACUUGACUGUCAUAUGUGGAUUGAAUCUGGAUGUUCCUCUGAAAUGUUUGUGUGUGUAAAUGAUCAAACACAGUUAGCUUGAUUAUUCUAAAUGGCCAAAGAAUUCCAAACCACCUCAAGUGAAACAGAUUCGCCAUGGCCAAAGAAGAAUGGAACCAAAGCAGAAACAUGUUUUUGGGUUUUUCGGGUGGGGCAGGGAACUCCAGUGCUCCUUCUCAAUUUUGUGAUUGCUAACAAAAGCACAAAAUGUCUUUGCUAAAAAAGAAAAAUCAAAAACUUGCUUAUACUCAUUAAGACUGUACUCUGCUCAUGCUUAGAAUUGACUUAACACCAGCUCCAGUGCUAAUGCAGUAGUCAUCAAUGCUGCUAGGCUGGGUGUUGUCCUCUUCCACCAAUGUAUGAAAUGCUGUCUCCUGUACCAUGUGCCUGGAGGUGGAACAACUCUUGACUGACUUGUGUGUAAUCCCGGUUCUGCACUGCAGAGGUCUUCCAGUCUACCAUACCUGGUUUGCCAGGGCAUACAGUGCUGUGCUAUCUUCUUGAGCCAUUGUGUAUGGGAUCUGUCUUUAAAGCAAUAUGAAAGUCAGGAUUCAAACAUCUGAUUGCAUUAGGCAUCAUGCUGUUGGAAAUUAUUUCUGUCAAGUUAUCAUAAUUUACCUUUGAAUUGUUACACUGUCACUAUACCUCAUGUUCUUUAAAUUUGUAUUCUUUGAUUUUCAAUCUUGGAGAUAUUUAUUGUUGUGUACAAGCCACAGCUGUGGCUCUUUUUAUGACAUAGGCUGUGUUGUAGUUAAGCAGCCCCAUGGGUGCAAGCAAUGUUUAGCUUAUUGCAGUUGGAAGAGCAUGGUAACAGGGCACUCCAUCCACACUUGGGGCUCUGGAUUUUCACUAUGUUCGUAAGGAUUUCAAUAGACUGUGUUUUUUAAAAAGCUCAUAUUUACUAAAUGUAACCUACUAGAAUCCCAGAUGGGUGGAACUUGUGCUUUUAAUAUAUCUUAACCUGAACAUAACUGUGUAUUUUUUCCCCAUUUUUAUAUGGUAUCAAUAAAGUAUUUCAGUUUUGCAUAUGCUUAAGGGAACAUUAAAAUGAAUUCAAAUUAUA